AUGGAGGAUGGCACUAUAGAUGGGAGUGUUGAGGGAAGAGAUGAAGGUGUCUCAGAUGGGAUGGUGCUUGGAAUGGAUGAUGGCACUGAAGAAGGAAUGGAGGAUGGGACUAUAGAUGGGAGUGUUGAGGGAACAGAUGAAGGUGUCUCGGAUGGGAUGGAGCUUGGUGUAAUGGAUGGUACUGAUGAAGGAUUUUUGGAGGGUACAAAUGAAGGUAUGGAGCUUGGUGUAAUGGAUGGUGUUGAAGAUGGAUUUUUGGAAGGUGCAAAUGAUGGAGUAGUGGAUGGUGCUGGAGUUGUAGUACUAAUGGCUGUAAUUGCUGGUGCUGAUAUAUUGGAAGUUCUGAACACAUUUGUUGUGGGCAGGUUUGGCGCAUAGUCUGCAAAAAAGGUGGUGUAGUUUGCAAAUUGGAUGGCGUAGUCAACCAGCCGGUUGUCCAC